AUGCAGAGUUGGGAAGAAUGUGAGAAGGCAAGUACGGGCCCGGUACAGGGUGUUUAUAUCGUGACACCGGGGAAUGGCCGCUCGCGGCCAAAUUUCGACCUCGUGAGCAGCAUCGUGACGGCUGUGAAUGGUAAUGAGACCAUUGCUUGCUUGCCCCAUGCGGCAUUCAUUCCACACACUGCUCGGGGCCAAUGGCGAUGGUUACACAUCCGUGCUACCAACAGCUUUGAUAGUCACACAGCAUGCAACGGUACACGUCACCGAGCUUGUGGACGCCUCUUCCGGCGCCCAGGUCACCUCGUUGGCUCGCAAGAAGCAGACCAUACCCGUAGGGGCAACUACGGGAAGCAUCCAUCUGGUGGCGCCACGAUUAUUCGAUGCCAUUCGCGGACCCCGCGUUGGCCUCGAAUUGCUUCGUGUACUGAUACAAUCCAGAAGAGGAGAUUAAAGGAAGCGGAUGGAGUCGAGAUGAGAACCUUGUCUGAAGACAGUUUAGCGCAAUCUGUCCAGAGUGCGUUGCCCCUCUCUGUCAUCCUUCAACCUCCUCAUCUCAUUCCACCCCGAAAAUCCUGCACCAGAAGGCUCUUCAACCCAUGCCAUCCUGACCAAUAUCAUUUGUUCAGCAUCUCGUUCUUGCAGCUGCAAGUCGCAGAGAAGGCCAAUUUACCGAUCGCCGAGACCGAGCCGUUUCAUCAAUACAGGCGCUCGCAAAUCGUGCCACCAGAUAUUGCUCCUAGGGCUGAAGCGGAGUCAACCUCGUAUCGAGGUCGCGUCAAAAGAAUUGCAUUGGCAUACGAUGACAGUGAGAAUCCACUGCUUAAUAUAUUCCCAAAGAUGUGCUCCAUAAACAGCACCUUGCCAUUCAUUCCAACUUUCAGAAUCCUACCCCCUCACACCGCUGAAACCCUCAUUUCCACAACCCUGGAACUACCGUCAGUUAGUGGCAUGACCAUUUUUUACAUCCUGUUCCUGUCUCAACUCCAGUCUCCAGCACCUCUAGAUUUUCUAGAACGUUUCCCGAACGAAUCAAUGGACCCUGCAUACAAUCACAGUACGAUACGGCUUGAUGAGACUCGGCCUCAAGUAUGGAAUCCCUGCUACUUACUCACGCGACUGUCCGGCUCUACCCUACGAAGGAGUCUCGAAAAUGUCUGCCGAGACUUGAUUUUUGCCACAAGCAAUUCUAAUCUCACCAGAACCCCCUUGAAUCUCUUUCCUCAUAGUCCCCAAAUAUUUCCAAUCACCAAGUUCACGGAGAGCACAAUUGAAAUUUCACAGGCCCUUCGUUUGCCGCCCGUAAGAAACAUCAGUCCCGUGAUACCCGUCUCCUCUCAUGUGAUACGACAUACGUCCCUUGCUUUGCUUUAUCGUAAGGUAUCACCGAGAGUGCAGAUGCAGAUGCAGAUGCAGGUACCCUACAUCGUUGUACUAACGUGCUUUCUGCACGAAACUAUUCCGGCUACCAGGAAUGUCGAGAGAUCUCCCAUGAUCGACCAUGUACUAACAUCCAGGGUGUUAUGGCUAUCGGGUGUGACCUAUGAUAUCCCUUGUUUUGGGUCUGGUACUAGUUCCCCGUUGUACCGUACUCCGAUACGUAGAAGAGCUCUAGAACAUCUUAUCCUAGAAGCACAUCACGAUCCCGACUACCAGGAGCACGGCGGGCAGGCGGGUGGGAGUGACUUAAAAAAUAUUGUGUCCAUUUCGGGACCGCCAGGCUCCCGCUGGUGGAUAUAUCCCCUAGAGCUACCUAGUCCAAUGGGGUGGGCCACCACUCGGACAUCCGAUGAUCCCUUUUGUCCAGAGGAGAAUGGAGGACCUAGACAGAGGCCGGGCUCGCGCCGCCAUAAUUUGCCAUCACCAGAGGCUGGGGCCUGCUAUUGCAAAGGGCCUGAGGACUUGGAUGCAGGCUGGGGUGGGGUUAGUGGGCAAAUCCGGGGUUGUAUAGAGGUUAUAUUGUGUCUCGGAGCAGAAGUAAAGAGCCAGAUAUUUUACUUGCAUUUUGCAAUACUCUUCAAUUGGAUAUCAAGUGAUUUAUCUACCAUGUCAAUGAUCUAUCAUGCAUUCAAUAUGUACGCGUAA